AUGGCCUCCGGUGGAACCUUCCGGAACCUUCUCCUGGUGCUCCCCCUCUGCCUCGCGCUCGCCUCGUUGGUUGGUGGCGUGGCGUCGAGGAGGUUCUGGAUCGAGAACGACACUUUUAGGAAGGAUGGGGCACCGUUCCAGAUCGUCGGCGGCGACGUCCAUUAUUUCCGCAUUGUUCCUGAGUAUUGGAAGGAUCGCCUUUUAAGAGCAAAAGCAUUAGGCUUGAACACAAUUCAAACAUAUGUACCUUGGAAUUUGCAUGAGCCAGAACCACAGAGCUGGGAAUUCAAGGGCUUCGCGGAUAUUGAAUCAUAUCUGAGACUUGCUCAAGAACUAGAAAUGCUGGUCAUGCUUCGUAUAGGUCCAUACAUUUGUGGAGAAUGGGAUCUAGGAGGUUUUCCACCUUGGUUGCUCACCAUAGAACCAGCCCUUAAACUGCGAUCAUCAGAUUCGUCCUAUCUUUCCUUGGUGGAGAGAUGGUGGGGAGUACUACUUCCGAAAGUGGCACCAUUAUUAUACAAUAAUGGAGGUCCAGUUAUUAUGGUUCAGAUUGAAAAUGAAUUUGGUUCUUUUGGAGACGAUAAGAAUUACCUUCAUUACCUUGUUCAACUGGCCAGAAGAUAUCUUGGAAACGACAUUAUUCUUUAUACAACUGAUGGGGGCGCCAUGGGUAAUUUAAAGAAUGGAUCAAUUCCUCAAGAUGAUGUUUUCGCUGCUGUUGAUUUUGAAACUGGAUCCAAUCCAUGGCCCAUAUUCAGAUUACAGAAGAAAUACAACUUGCCAGGAAAAUCAGCCCCUUUAAGUUCGGAAUUUUAUACUGGAUGGUUAACACACUGGGGUGAAAGAAUCGCAACAACAGAUGCUACAAGUACAGCUAAAGCCCUUAAAACCAUUUUGUGCCACAAUGGUUCUGCUGUACUUUAUAUGGCUCAUGGUGGGACCAAUUUUGGAUUUUAUAAUGGUGCAAAUACUGGUCAAGAUGAAUCUGAUUACAAGCCAGACCUCACUUCUUAUGACUAUGAUGCACCAAUUAAGGAGCAUGGAGAUGUGCAUAAUGCAAAAUACAAAGCACUGAGAAGAGUAAUACAUGAAUGUACUGGGACUCCUCUUCAUCCACUUCCUUCUGACAUUGAAAAAGCAAGUUACGGGCUUGUGAAAUUACAAAAGGUUGCUUCUCUGUUUGAUAUCAUUGAUAAUAUCAGUGAUCCACUGAAAGUUUCUGUUUCGGAGCAUCCACUUUAUAUGGAACAGAUAGGCCAGAUGUUUGGAUUUCUCUUGUACAUGUCAGAAUACGAAGGGAAACUCCCAUCAAGCAUCCUGUCAAUUCCAAAGGUACAUGACAGAGCUCAGGUGUUUGUGUCUUGCUCAGUUGAUGGUUUCAGAAACCUAAGAUAUGGUGGUGUAAUUGAAAGAUGGUCUAAUAAAACACUAGAGAUACCGAACUUAAGAUGUUCAUCUACUACCAGCCUAUAUAUCCUGGUAGAAAAUAUGGGUCGUGUAAAUUAUGGGCCAUAUAUUUUUGACCGGAAGGGAAUACUAUCUCCUAUUCAAAUAGAUGGCAUUACUAUCCGUCACUGGAAAAUGUAUCCACUUGCACUCAAUUCACUGGACAACCUUCCAAAACUUCAACUAAUCACUCAAAUACCUUAUGUUGGAGCCAGUAAAAUGUCCAUUCAUGGAGACUCAAAAAAGAAUUUGCAGGAAUUGUCAUCCUAUUCAAAUGGAAGCAUUUCUGCACUACCUGCGUUUUAUGAAGGCCAUUUCCAUAUUGACCAUGAGAGUGAGAUAAAGGAUACAUUCAUAUCAUUUCGUGGUUGGAACAAGGGUGUUGCUUUUGUGAACAACUUCAACAUCGGAAGAUUUUGGCCGGCACGCGGACCACAAUGUGCCCUUUAUGUUCCAGCUCCUAUCCUCAAAUCUGGAGACAACAUUGUUGUAAUCUUUGAACUGCAUGAUCCAAAUCCUGAGCUCACUAUCGAUUUUGUUACGGAUCCGGAUUUCACUUGCGGUCCGAACCAGUAA